AUGGUAACGUUUUACGAUAUGCUUAUCGACUUGUUGAGUUGCCCCUGGCAUCGUAGAGAGAGAAUCCAUUCCCACCUUAUCAGCUCCUACAUUUCCGCGUGUUUUGAGAACAGGCGUCGAAAAAAAGUUGGCCUAAUUGCUGUUGCGACUUGCGGUGGUCAGCGGAGUGUCGUAGAAUUAUCUGCAAAGGAGGCGGUGAUUGGUCCCGCUGGUUCCAUGUCCUCGUAA